AUGGCCCUAGAUAACCACCCUCUCAAACCAGACGAUGACCUCUCUGGCUUGAAUUUACAUGAUCAUCAUGAUGCUGCCCAUCCUAGUACUGGACCCAAUAAUUUAGCCUCAUCUGCCACUGCCUUUGAUCCCAAUCCUGCUGGAGGACCUGCUCCCGAAGGGAAGAACUCUUCCACCGCUGGCUCAGUUGUUCAGAAAGGUUUUGAUAUUUGCAAAGCCUUGUCAAUAUCACUGUUGAGUUUGGUUGACAUCCGACCAGCCUUCCGGCCUACUGGACAAACAACCUACACUUAA